GCGUUACACCGCGGAUUUAUCAUUCGUUUGAUAUAUUAUGUCCCAGAGAUUAGUAGCUACACACCUAGUAGACAUGAUGGCGCCUGUCUUGGUGCUCUGGCUGGUGAUGUCCCUCAGUGGGACGUGGGCUGUGGACAAGGGCAACUUCAAGACCUGUGACCAGAGUGCCUUCUGCAAGCGUCAGCGAGCGUUGAAGCCCGGUGAGUCUCCCUAUCGAGCCCUGCUGGAGACCAUGGAGUUGACCGGCACCAGACUCACGCUGCAGCUCAUCAAUGACAACAAUAAGGUGCGUCUGCUGCUUGAGCUCUACCGUCUCCAGGGAAACAUAACACGGGUGAAGAUUAACGAGCUGAAGCCUCUGAAGCCUCGCUAUGAGGUCCCAGACGUUCUCAUCAGGGAGCCGCCUACUGAGCCCCUGUCUCUCCUGUCUCAGGACGAGAACGGGGUGGUGCUGUCACUGGGGUCGGAGUCUCAGAGGGUCAUCGUCAGCGCCCGGCCCUUCCGGUUGGACAUUAUGGAAGGGCGAGAAGUGCUGAUGUCGCUGAACUCGCGCGGCCUGCUAGCCUUUGAGCACCUGAGGAUGCGCAAGGACACUUUCUCCUAUAAAGUAACUAGCACAGUGGCUAGCGUGUGGGAUAAUAUCAAGAGAGUAUUCUCUAGUCAGGUAGACCCAGAGGGCGAGAAGAAAGAGGAGGCUGAUCCGGCAAGCCAGGCAGAGAAAGCAAAAGAAGAGGAAGAGGAAGAAAAAGUAGAAGCCGGGAUGUGGGAGGAAACGUUUAAAUCGCACUCAGACAGCAAACCAAAUGGUCCAUCUGCUAUUAGUUUAGACUUUUCAUUGCCGGGUGUUGAGCACGUCUACGGCAUCCCAGAACACGCAGACACCCUCAGGCUCAAAACAACAGAGAAUGGAGAUCCAUAUCGUCUCUAUAACUUGGAUGUGUUCCAGUACGAGCUGUACAACCCUAUGGCCCUUUAUGGCGCUGUCCCGGUCAUGUUGGCCCACAACGCCCAGCGAACCACGGGCAUCUUCUGGCUCAAUGCUGCUGAGACCUGGGUGGAUAUCAGCUCCAACACAGCUGGGAAGACCGUGUUUGGAAAAAUGUUGGAUUACGUUCAAGGCUCUAGCGAGACUCCACAGACAGAUGUGCGUUGGAUCUCUGAAAGCGGCAUAAUUGAUGUCUUCAUCAUGCUUGGGCCAACACCAAAAGAUGUCUUCUCUCAGUAUGCCUCCCUUACAGGCACCCAGUCCUUUCCUCCCGAAGCCGCUGUGGGCUACCACCAGUGCCGCUGGAACUACAACGACCAGGAGGACGUGACUUCAGUGGAUGCAGGCUUUGAUGAGCAUGACAUCCCUUAUGACUACAUCUGGCUUGACAUUGAACACACGGAUGGCAAGCGUUACUUCACCUGGGAUCCACACAAGUUUGCAACACCAAAGGAAAUGCUGCAGGGUCUCAUGGACAAGAAACGCAAGAUGGUGGCCAUUGUGGACCCUCAUAUCAAAGUAGACAGCAACUACAAGAUUCAUAAUGAAAUCCGAAAUCGGGCUUUCUAUAUCAAGAACAAAGAUGGUGGAGACUACGAGGGCUGGUGCUGGCCUGGUAGUGCCGGCUAUCCUGACUUCACUCGUGCCGACAUGAGGGACUGGUGGGCCAGCAUGUUUGCCUACGAUCAGUAUGAGGGUUCCAUGGAGAACCUGUAUGCAUGGAACGACAUGAAUGAGCCGUCUGUCUUCAACGGGCCAGAGGUGACCAUGCACAAGGACGCGGUGCACGGAGCCUGGGAGCACCGAGACAUGCACAACUUGUAUGGUUUCUAUGUGCAAAUGGCCACAGCGCAGGGUCUGAUCCAGAGGUCAGGAGGAGUUGAGCGACCGUUUGUCCUGACCAGAGCUUUCUUUGCUGGGUCACAGCGCUACGGUGCUGUGUGGACGGGAGAUAAUGCUGCUGAGUGGGAGCAUCUGAAGAUCUCGAUCCCCAUGUGUCUGAGUCUGGGCCUGGUUGGAAUCUCUUUCUGCGGUGCUGACGUUGGUGGUUUCUUCAAGUCUCCGAGCACCGAGCUGCUGGUGCGUUGGUACCAGACUGGAGCGUACCAGCCGUUCUUCAGGGCCCACGCACACCUGGACACCCCCCGCCGAGAGCCCUGGCUGUUUGGUCCGGAAAACACGGCUCUGAUCCGUGAAGCGGUACGCCAGCGCUACACCCUGCUGCCCUACUGGUACCAGCAGUUCUACCACGCACACCGCACAGGACAGCCCAUCAUGAGACCACUGUGGGUGGAGUAUCCUCAGGAUCCUGCUACGUUCGCUCUGGAUGACGAGUUCUUGAUCGGGAGAGACCUGUUGGUGCACCCAGUCACUGAGGAAGGAGCGAGGGGAGUCACCGCCUACCUACCUGGCAAAGACGAGGUUUGGUUUGAUGUCCACACCUUCCAAAAGCACAAUGGGGCCCAGAACCUUUACAUCCCUGUCACCAUAAGAUCUAUCCCCGUGUUCCAGCGUGGCGGCUCCAUUAUUCCCAGGAAGAGUCGGGUUCGCAGGUCCUCCUCCUGCAUGAUGCAAGAUCCUUACACUUUAUAUGUGGCUCUUAACCCCCAGAGAACUGCAACGGGCGAGCUCUACAUAGAUGAUGGCCACACCUUCAACUAUGAAAAGAAGGAGUUUAUUCACAGAAAGCUCUUCUUUGCCAACAACAUGCUCUCUUCUGUGAACCUGGCUCCAGAUUCCCAGUUUUCCACCCAAUCCUGGUUUGAACGAAUUAUCAUCCUGGGAGCCAGUAAACCCGGCAAGGUUACCCUUAAGACGGCUGAUGGUCAGGAGAGCCAGCUAGAGUUUGACUUUGAUGCCUCCAUGUCUGUGUUGACGCUUCGUAAGCCCGGCAUGAAUGCAGGGUUAGAUUGGAAUGUGAUGCUUCAGUUACCAUAGAGACAGGAGUGGAGGUGUAAAAGGAGAAACUGACUGAAGUGGAUAGAAUAUGAGAAGGAGACACAAGCCGCCGAUGAAGAAGACUAACCACAGCAAAACAACAGGAUGGUCAUAAUGGAAAAUAAAGGACAAACACAGUGAAUACACAGUUUACACACACACACUCACAAAACCUGUUAGUCGAACUGAGCCACGUAACGUCGCUGCCAUGUCCCUCUUGUGCUCAGUCACACUGUCAUACCUAACAACAAAGGAGAUUACUAAUAGUUAGGUAAUUAUGUUUGUCACAUUUACAAAUAGAUAACAAUUGAGAAAAAUGUAAUGAAUCUUUUAGGUAAAGAAAGAAAACAUUCAGGCACACUUUUUUUAUUGUCCAAUGUGUUGUCCAUCUUUACUGCCUCAUAAGAAAGAUCACUGAAUGAUUGUUUGUUAUUUAAACGAAAGUUCACAUUCAAAGCACACGCUCCACCUGCUGGUGAUUCCCUUUCUCUGUUUUCGACUUGAUACUCUUCAGCCAAGCAUUUCAAUCAGCGCAGAGCUCGACCUUCUGUACUGGUGCCACAUUUCAUGUAUUUUGGUGGGCGUGCCAACAAUCAGUGUGUGGCUCUCCACUUCACUUUGUUAAACUGCAGCACAGAGAUUUUCAGCGGUUGGGAAUCACCUCAGGGGACUGAACCACUGAUGUUUGCGGAUCAUCUUGUUGACAUGCUUUCUUUUAUUGAGUUCUUUCCCAUCUUUGUUUUCUAGUUUUUUUUUUAAUGCACUUGAGGAAGAGUGAGAACUUUAAAAGUUGUUUAGAUUUUCAUGUGUUGCUAGAUGUCGGGAUCGUCCAGGAUUUCCAGUAUGUCAUUUGGAUUUUAAUGAAUGGUUCAAAUCUAAUCUUUUGAAUGGGGUGUUUCACAAGCGAAUGUUCAUUUAAAGCUUUUUGAUUUACACAACAAAUCAAUCCUAAAUACACACACAGCACUCAUAAAUAUUCAAAUGAUUCUGGAGACUGGAUUGUUAAAUCAUUGGACCUUUUAGGGGUUUUGUUAUAAAUUUGUCUUUUGAUUGUUUUAUGAUCAUUAAUGUACAUGUUGCUGCAAUUUUGUUGGUGAUGGCUUGAAUUGGUGGAUAUUUAAGCGAAGGAACAAAUUCAAAAUUGUCAGAUGUACUAAAAGAUAAGACCAAGUAAAAAUAAAGUUGACCAAAUGUAAAAAGUAA